GUGCGAACACUGUGGACAGCGCCAUGCCAACCUUGGGCAAUGUUCAAGUAUUUGGGAAAUAUUAUUCACACCUAAAGAUGCUGAAUAGUUCUGUGUAAACUCCCUUGGAUGAAAUGGAUGACUUAGAGCACAGUGUUAUAAUAGCAGAGCGAGAUUGGGAGAGUUUCUAUGAGGAGAGUGAAGAAUGCUCUAUUCAGCAGGCAUGGCUUGCAAGCCUGGAUGAUUCAGGCCUCAGUGACACUGAUGAUGAAAAAAAUUCCACCCAAGAGCCUGUUUUAGAUCUCCAGAUUGAGCCUGACAAACCAGAUAAAGAGCCUAUUGCUGCAGCACUGACACAGAAUGAAGUUGAUAACUGUAAAGCUGAAAUCCCCUCAGAGGGACCUGGAUGCUCAAGUUAUAUGAAGGACGACAAGAGAUGCGCUGAGAAAGAAACCAGUCUGAAUGAUGUUUUAAGCACAUGUGCAUGCUUGAAUUUAGAUAGCAGUAUAAGUGCUAAUGAUGUCAGUUUCCCUGAUCAGCAAAACGCUGCCUCAGACAUGAAGGAUUUGAGAGAGCAUAAUGAAAGUCGCAGUAAGUCAUGUCAAGCCAUUGGAGGGCCAAUCACAUCCUUCUCAUAUGUUCAGGAUGCCGGGCAUGUUGGCAGCUUAGAAGAAGAAACAGCAUUGAAGGUUUCGGAAAGUUCAGCAACUCCAAAAAAAGAGAAAGAACGGUGGUUUGUCACAGUAAAUGACAGUCCGGUAAUAAUGAGGGCAAAGUCUGGCCAAAAAAAAGGCAGAAAAAAAAAAACAUCUAAGAAGCUAGUUCAGCAGAGCCUAGAAACGGAAAAAGAACGCUCUAUUUCGAAUAAUAAGAAAGAAGAAGGAAAAGAUAGACAAAUAUUACAGAAUGAAUUCAUGCAAGCUUUCCAAACAUAUUCUGAAAGCAUUUCCUUUAAUCUACAUCCUAAUCAUAUUUGGAAAGAUGUUAUUGUAGGCUCAUGCAGUAAUCAAGAGGUAGAUUUACCCCCCACGAAGGAACCUAAAAAGGCAGCUUUAGAAAAUCUCUUUGUUCCAAAAAUGAACUGCACUUCAGAAACAUCAUCAUGUAUUGCUAAAGAGGAAAACACAAGUUUUGCACUGAGGUUUAGAUGCAAAGACAAUUCAAAUGUCCCAGAAACUAAUCCUUCUUCUUCUGUGAUUUCUAAUUCCCCAAUAAAUCACACAGAACACACAACUACACAAUCGCAAACUGAUGCUGAUCACCAAAGCGUAGCCAGCAAACCCAGAAGUCCCACACAAGUCACCACUCUAGAUUACCCAAUGAUCGAUAAUUUAGGCCAUAAAGGUCACAAAGACACCCAAGAUGAUGGUUCCAGAUUUAUUCUGGAAACACUUUUAACACCUACUCCUUUAGAAAAGCUACAAGACCAACAGUAUCCAACACUAAUGCAGGAAGAAUUAAAACUGGACCCUCAGGAAACACAGAAUCAGGCAUCCCAAACUAAAAGUCUAGAAGCAACCGUAGGUCCAAAUUGCCCGAUAUAUGCCCUUUCACCUUUUUGGAAUGAAAUGGAGAAGUUGACAAUAAAUGAUAUUUUGCAUCUUAGAUCAGCUCAUAGCUCAUCUCCUAUGAGUGAAAGUACAAUUACUGAAGAAAGUGAUGACCAUCUUGAAGACAAAGAUCUGUUAACUUCUAAACAUGACAGUGUACAUGAAAAUGACUUGAUGGAUGACUCUGCAGACUCAGACUAUUUUACUCAGGUAGAUGAAGCUAAACACGACCGCUCAAGCUGCGAACUUUCCAAUCUCUCGGAUUUUGAUGAGGAAUUUUUACCAAUAUUUAACAGAAGCAGAAGCCCCAGUCCUGAGCCUCAACAUGUCAAAGAACAGAUGGAAAUUUUGAGGUCUACAUUCAUCCCGGGACAUGAGUUUAAUUUAAACAAUCAGAGUGAAUCUCACGAUAUUCAUCAGAAUGGAAUCACACAUUAUUUGUAUCCAGCCAAUGAGUUAUAUUUUACAUCUAGUCAGGACAUUAAUGGUCAUCCUUCUGAAAUGGAAAGUACCUGGAAAACACCUGUUUUAUUGUUUGACCAUACAGAAGAUACUCAGUCCAUGUUACCUUUGUCUGAGAUUUUGACUAAGGACAUUAAUGGAGCUGGUUUCUCAGACAGACUCAGUAGCACUGCUAACUCAUGUCCAUUCGCACCGAACUUGUCCAUAUGUGAGAUGUAUGAUGAUUUCUUCUCAGAGUUUAAGUUUGGAAAUUUUCUCUUUCCUUCAACCCAAGAUAGGACAGUUCCCAUCUUUUCUGCCUCACACUCAGUGGUGAGAGAUAUGAUCCCUGAGGCGGAGGAACUCGAUUUUGACCCAGAUUUUGAGGAAGAUAAUAUGCCAAUAAGAGACACGACAUGCUUUUGUAGCCAGCCAGAAAUGUAUACUUGUCCCUCAGGAAUAUCAAACUUGUGCUUUGCCAUGAGUCAAAGAGGAAACUGGAGUAGUCUUUACUCUCUGAGAAGAAUCAGAUUUAUAGGAAAGGGGUGCAUCUGGCACCACAAAAUCAGCAGUUGGACUGUCCCAAAAGAAACAAAAAACGCAAUAACAUUUGUCUCGAGAGCUCAACUAUUAGCAUCACAGAUGCAAGCAGGGAACAAAUCCCACCUACAACUGGCUGAGACACGGAAAUCUGCCGUAUUAUUUUCAGAAAAAGAAGACUUUAUCUUUUCCAUAAUGCAAUCGGAUAUCUGCCUGGUUUGUAUAGCCUUUGCUUCCUGGGUAAUGAAGUCCUAUAACUCACAGUCUACAGAUAUGUGGAAAGCAGCUCUCUUGGCAAAUGUAAGUGCAAUCUCAGCCAUCCAGUACAUGCGGAUAUACGGAAAAGGACACUAAAAAUGAUGAUGAUCCAUGAUGUCGUUCCAAAAUGUUAGGGGCCAGUAAAAUUAUUUUUUUUUAUUAUAAAAAAACACAAAAAAAGUGUAAUUUUUUUCACAGAUUUAAACCAAGUACAUUUUAAAUACACACCACCUGUGUCAGCAAGUAGGAUUUAAUGUCAUAUACUUGUACUUUAGUUAAUCAGAAAUUUGCCAUUUUCUAAUAUAUUUUAAUCAGGAUAUAGUGAUCCAUUGUUUUGUACCAUUCAUUUUUUUGUUAAAAAAUGUUGAUUUGGACCAGAAGAGCACUAGCAGAUUUGUAUCAGAAAUAUUUUUGAGAUAUUUUUGAGCAUAAGUAGUGGUGUAUAUACUUGUUGGUAAUACAUUUUUGUU